GGACGUGUUUCAUGCAGAUCAGUGUUCGACACCGUGACUGUUGCAACAGCCGGUGCUCCCUAACUCUUCCAUGGUGCUCAGAGCCAGAAUGCGGACUUGGGCUGCGAAUUCAUGCUCUAGUUAAAAAUAGUCCUUUCUGUGCCGUGACGACCUCAUCGGAAUUACCCCGUCAGACGUGUGCAGAGAGGAGGGAGAGAGGGCAAGGAAUAAGAGAGCGGCGAACCGAUGUCCGGCAUCUGUUCUGCGCAAUUUGCCCUGUCACGAUGCUCUCCAGAAGUGCAGAGACCCGAACAAAGAUUAACCCUGAUGAUGACUAUAUUACUCCAGGAGCUUUUGAACUGGAACGCCUUUUCUGGAAGGGCUCUGUAAAAUUUGCUCAUGUCAAUGAAGUCUGGCCGAACAUUUACAUCGGAGAUGAAGUGGCAGCACUGGACCGCUAUGCCGUGGAAAAGAUGGGCUUCACUCACAUCCUAAAUGCAGCCCAUGGUCGCGGGAACGUGGACACAGGGGAGGAUUACUACAGAGACAUGCCUGUUGAUUACUACGGUGUAGAGGCUGCAGACCUGACAACUUUUGAUUUGAGUAAAUUCUUCUACCCUGCUGCCCAGUACAUUGACAGAGCUCUAAGAAAGCCCAGCUCCAAGGUCCUGGUCCACUGUGCUCGGGGUCGGAGCCGUUCAGCUUCUCUUGUGCUGGCAUACCUGAUGAUCUACAAGGACAUGACAGUGGUAGAUGCUGCUCAACAAGUUCUUAAGCACCGGUGCAUUUUACCAAAUCGUGGCUUCCUGAAGCAACUGAGAGCACUUGAUGUGGAGCUGGUGAUGGAAAGAAGCAUCAUGAAGAAUGGAGCCAGCACAAAUGGAAGUGGGAAAGAAAGCUGUUAACAUUGUUUUCAGAAUAGUUAUAUGGGAAAACUACACUGAGCUAUACAUAUAUUUCUGAUAUUCAGGAAAAUCUUUAACGAAUUGAGCAGAUUAAUUGUCCCUGACAUGAGCAUGUUACUGACACUGAGAUGCACAUAACUACAAACAUGGAAUUAUAGGCAAAUAUAAAACAACCCCAAGAAGAAAUUCUUAAUAUUGAGAAUGUAUUCACCAACUUAACCUACAUGUCAAUAUUAAACCACAGUAACAAGUUAUAGUCUGAAGUUUCAAACACACCAGCAAUAAUCCAGCGUAAAUUUUAACACUAGGAUAUAUAACUCUAAUUUACACAAAGAACAAUACAGCAGUCAAACAUGUACAGACUUGUUGGCAUCAUUGGGGGGAAUGAACACCUGAAUUAUGGAGGAUGCAAAUUUUCCAUGAACACGUCAUCACUAAUUUGGCAAGCACUGUAGGGGUUUAAAAAAAAACAUGCAAAUAAAGAUGUGGGGAGUCAGUUUUCCUUAAAAUAACUUGUAAUUACAAAAAACAUUCAGUGAAGAUAUGGCACCUUCAUGGUAAAACAUGGUGAAAAUAGUUUUAUAAUCCAGUAAAUGCCCGCUUACUCACAGUUAACCAUACCAAAUGUGCUGCAAGAAAGGUAAGUGAGGGUUGAGACCUUUUUGAGACCCACACUUUCUCCAGUGGAAUGUUUGUCCUGAGUAUAAUUUGAGCAACCGUUAAUCCCAUGGAAUGGAGAAUUAUAAAGAUUUACAAUUCUCUAAGACUUAAAUUCUUCUCACUUCAGUCACACAUGGCUGAUCUCUAUCCUUUCACUGUCAUCCUUAGUUGCCAAUUGGCUUCCUGGAGGAAACCACCAUACAGUGCUUACUUGGUUUAUACCUCUCAGUAGCAAUGAGAUCAUCUUUGAGAUUAGGCCCAUCUUCCCCAGUGUUUUUUUGAGUCGGCUUCUUUUCCCUAAUUCAAUCAAAUCUAUAUACAGCAUUAACUUUAAGUCAAAUAUGUCCAUCUUUUGGUACAGAGAGGCCAAAACAGUGUUCAGUUCUCCAAAUGAAAUCUCCCAAAACUUGUAAAGCUGCAAUAAGAUUUACUGUACUUUCCUUUGUACUGCCAGCCCAUGUGAUUGGUGUCCCCAACAGUUAACACUGAAGUCAAAGGAAACAUCAUCUUUGCAAAUGUUUGCCAACAUGCAUUUCAAUGAGAUUACCUCUCAGGUUUCUAGCUCAAAAUAGCAUGUGCAGUCUGCUUCACCUCUCUUCAUAAACUAAACUUCCCAUUCCAGGAAUCAAUCUGUUGAACCUUUGUUGAACUCCCUCAACUGCAAAGAUAUUCUUCUUUCAACAGUGAAACCAAACUUGUACAGUGUUUCAAUUAACUCAAAUCCUCCUCCAACUGAGCUCAACAUACUGUUUUGUUCUUAAAUGUAGGCUUAAACUGCUUUUUAACUUAGUGAUUUGUAUUCAAGAUGCCAGCUCCCUCAGAACACACCAUCUAAAUGAUGUAUACAUAAAAAAAUCUUUUAUGGUAUGCUUUCUACCAGUGUUGAUUACCUCACAUUUUUCCACAUAGACUGGGGGCUCCCAAUCUUAUUUACACUAUAGAUCACUAUCAUUAACUGAGGGGUCCAUGGACCCCAGGUUGGGAACCUUUGCCAUUAGUUAUAGCAAACUAACAGGCCCUUUGGUCCAUGCCAAACUAUUAACUUGCCUAGUCCCAUCAACCUGCACCUGGACCAUAGCCCUCGCAUCCUUGUACUUACACAUAACUUCUCCUAAAUGUUGAAAUCAAACCCGCAUCCACCACUUGCACUGGCAGCUCAUUCCACACUCAUCACCCUCUCAGUGCAGAAGAUCCCCUCACAUUCCCUUUAAACAGUUCACUUUUCACCCUUAAUCCAUGACAUGGUAGUUUCACCCAACUUCUGUGGAAAAGCCUGCUUGCAUUUACUCUAUCUAUGCCCCUCAAUUUUGUAUACCUCUAUCAAAUCUCCUCUCAAUCUUCUAUAGUCUAGGGAAUAAAGUCAUAACCUAUUCAACCUUUCCCUAUAACUCAGGUCCUCAAGUCCAGGCGAUAUCCUUGUAAAUUAUUUCUGUACCCUUUCAAUCUUAUGUACAACUUUUUCUAGGUUGGCAUCACACAAUACUUGAAAUUAGGCCUUAGCAAUGUCUUAUACAGUUUCAACAUAACAUCCCAACUCCUUUAUUUAACCACCUUUACCCCCUUGAAACCCUGGUGCAUUUUUCUCAUUACUCAGUUUUGUAUCAUAAACAAAAUUAACCACACAAGUCUUUACUUUAGGGGUUACAAUUUUGCAUGUCACUUUAUAUAUCUGGUUAAUCCAGAGAGACAACAUCUACUCAUUUCCCUUAUCUAUUAUAGUCUGACUUCUGCUCAUACUGUGAUUCUUCUGAAUAAUCUGAUCAUCAGUAUUUUAUGAAUUCCAGCAUUUUGGCAUCAAAGAGAUAUCAGUUUGACAGGUUACUGUAUCAUAUUUGUGUAAUCCUUUUUUCUAUAAAUAGUGCUGCCCACCUUCUAAUCUGCUGUACCAGAAUCCAAGGCAUUUUGGGAGAUUAUUAAUGUAUACACCAUCUCUAUUGUGAAGACUAGGGUGUAUGGGAUUUGUUUUGGGGUGGGGGAGUUAUCUCCUUAAUUUUCCAUGACUUUGUUCCUUAGUCAUUGGUUCCCCCAGUUCAGCCCUGUAUCUGCUACGUAUCUUGUCUUCUGCAGCAAAGGCAAAACAUUAUUUGUUGAUGCCUUCAUCAUUUUUUGUUUCUUGUUAUUUCUCCUGCUUCCACUACAGACUCAGAUCUGGUUUAUCUCCUCCAAGUUCUUGUAAUUGUUCACAUGUGCAAACCUUCUCCUGCAAUAACUUAAAUAAAGCUGAGAUGGUUCAUCUAUAAUGAGUUCAAGUAUCUUCUUUUCUGUGAGGAAUAGGGGGGCUCUUUCAUUGAAACAAGGAGACAUCUGAUUCAGAAAGGAUCUGAAUCACAAUGCCUAAACAAGGGCAUUGCUGACAUUUAAAAAACAUCUGAUGUGGUGAAAGCUACAAAAGCCACAGACCUAAUGCUGGGAGGAGGGAUGGAUGACAG